AUGGGUCUUGAAUCUUCUGCCCAUCAUGGGGAGUCUAUUACCCCAGCUCAGAACUCCAGCACAGACACAUCCUUCCAAAAUAGUCCUAUUCAGAAGCCCAUGCGUCCGGCCGGAGUCGAUACUCCUAUUCCACGCGUCACCCUCCGGUCCCUGGUGAUGGCUCUCUUUGUCUCAAUGGGUGGUCUACUAUUCGGUUACGAUACCGGUCAGAUCUCCGGCUUCCAGGAGAUGAGCAACUACUUGCAACGCUAUGGCGAGCUGAACAGCAAUGGCGAGUAUGCUUUUAGUGAUACUCGCUCGGGUCUGAUUGUCGCUAUGCUCUCCAUCGGUACCUUGAUUGGUGCUUUGGUUGGAGCUCCCCUAGCCGACUUUAUCGGCCGGAAGUGGUCGAUCUCGGUGUGGUGUGCUAUCCUGAUCGUUGGUUUGAUCGUUCAGAUCACUUCCCCUGAUGGACACUGGUGGCAGAUGGUUGUGGGUCGUUGGGUGACUGGUCUUGGUGUCGGUGGUUGCUCCCUCUUGGUCCCCAUGUACCAGGGUGAGAGCUCCCCGCGUCAUAUUCGUGGUGCCAUGAUCUCCUGCUACCAGCUUUUCGUGACUCUGGGUAUCUUCCUCGCCUACUGCAUCAACCUGGGUACCCACACCCUCGAUGGAACUGCCCAGUGGCGUAUCACUUUGGGUCUGACUUUCCUCUUCGCUGUGAUCCUCGGUGGUGGAAUGGCUUUCUUCCCCGAGAGCCCUCGUUAUGAGUUCCGCCAUGGCAAGGUCGAUAGUGCCCGUCAGACCUUGGCUAAGCUGUACGGUAUUCCUGAGAACCAUGUCCGGAUUAUCCAGGAGAUGGAGGAAAUCCGUGAGCAAUUCGAGGCCGAGUCUCAGGAGCAGGUGUGGCAUGAAUUCCUCACUGCCCCUCGUAUGCUCUACCGUAUCCUGCUCGGCAUGGCCCUCCAGAGUCUGCAGCAGCUCACAGGAGCCAACUACUUCUUCUACUACGGUACUACUAUCUUCCAGGGUGCCGGUAUCUCGGACAGCUUCAUCACCCAGGUCAUCCUGGGUGCCGUCAACUUCGGUACUACCUUUGGAGGUCUUUACAUUGUUGAGAACUAUGGACGUCGCAAGUCUCUCAUCUUUGGUGCCGUGUGGAUGUUCGUGAUGUUCAUGAUCUUCGCCUCUCUGGGUCACUUCAUGUUGGACAUUGACAACCCGGAGAACACCCCCAAUGUCGGCAAGGGUAUGAUCGUCGUUACCUGUCUGUUCAUUGCUGCCUACGCCAUGACCUGGGGCCCUAUGAUCUGGGCUAUUGUCGCCGAACUGUUCCCCUCCAAGUACCGUGCCAAGGGUAUGGCCCUGGCCACUGCUUCCAACUGGGCCUGGAACUUCCUCAUCUCAUUCUUCACCACUUUCAUUACCAGUGCUAUCGACUUUGCCUACGGUUACGUCUUCGCAGGCUGCCUGUUGGUCGCUGUCUUUGUUAUCUACUUCUUCGUCAUUGAGGGCAAGGGUCGUACUCUUGAGGAGCUCGACUACAUGUAUGUCAACAAGGUCGCUCCCUGGAAGAGCAGCAAGUAUGAGAUCCCGCAGCAGCACCUGGAGUGGAAUGCGGAUGAGAACCCAGCUGGACGAAAGGAGCGGGACAUGUACCAUGCCGAGAACGCAUAA